AUGGCUUUCGAAAUUACAGAAAAAAUGAUUGUGAAUACAAUUGCAGGAUUCGGCUAAGUCAUUAAACUACCUGAAGGACCUGUUCCAGAAUAAUUAACAGUAGAGGAGGAAAACUAAGUAAAUCAUUAGCAAUCUGAAAAGAAGAUUGUUUCUUGUCCAGGUUCUCCAGGACAACCAAAAAAGUAGGAUUCAGAAGUUGAGAAUCCUCAAAAAUCAGAUUAACCAUUAGAAAAAAAAAAUGAAAUUUAACUAGAGAUAUAACAAGAUAAUUAAUAAGAAUAGCAGAAUCAACCUUAAGCCUAGCCUUCUAAGAUUAAUGCUCCCAAAAAAGAUGUGCCUUAAUUAAAACCUAAAUUUCCACCUCCUAAAAGUGUCAGUAGAUAGUCUUCUAAAUAGCCUUCUUUAGAGAAAUAAAUUUCAAUGUCAGAGGAUCCUUUACCAUUUUCAAACUCUCUUCCUUUUUCAUAAUAAAGUUCAACAGAAGGUUAGCCAUAAAAUAAAAAAGCUCCUAUUUUGAAGAGAUUAACAGCUGAUUUAAAAGAGUCAAUAGUUUUGGCCAAGAAAUUAGAAAUAAAAUAUAAAUACCCCUAUUCUAAUGAUGAGAGAUUAAUAACUAUUGAUUUUUCAUACGGCAAGAUUACAACAAUGGUAAAAAAUAUCAGCAAUGUUAUAUUUUUAUUGGUUAAAACAUUUUUUGGUUAAAGAAAUUACUAUUUAGCAAUUGUUCCUGUUACUUUUACUACAGAAUAACUAAGAUCAUUUAUAAUUGAUGGAAUUGGGCAGAAUUAAAAGCUGUUUCAUAAUAUUAAACUUAUCCAUCCCAUGAUUCAACUAAAAGAAUUGAAAGAUACAUAAAUUAAACUUUCGGAAGCAGGUCUUAAAGAUUUUUCCUAACUCUUAUUUUUAGCUGAAAUGACAUUCACGUGGGAUCCAAUUAAAAAAGGUAAAAGUGUAGUCUUAUCAAAUAAUAAUUUGACAGCAAACAAAAAAGGAUAAUCAGAUUAUUAAACGGUGCUUGGAACAUUAGCAUUAAAUUCAGGAAGGCAUUAUUGGGAAAUUAAGAUUGAAAAGUAUGUUGAUGAGGAAGAUAUCUUUAUAGGAAUAGCAAGAAAAGAGAUUGACUUGUAUACUUAACCGACCACAACAGGACACUUUUAUGGCUAUAUUUGUUUAUGUGCCAAAAAAUUCGGAGCUGAUGGGUAGAUAUAAGAUUAUGGAUACUCAGCUGUAUAGAAUGAUACAAUAGGUGUUCUACUUGAAUUCAGAAGUGGUUUAGGAACUUUAUCAUUUUACAGAAAUGGUGUUAAGUGUGGAGAAGCAUAUAACAAUUUGACAGGGACAUCUUAUCCAGCUCUAAGCAUGUUUUAUGGAGAAGUUCAAGUGACAUUAGAUUCAAAAUCGCCAUUACCAUCAAGUUGA